AUGGGUUUCGGCGUAAACUCUAAGCGUCUCCACAUCAGAGAUCGAAAAUCAGGUCUUCUUUUUUUGAUCGAUACUGGGUCUGACGUGUCCCUUCUUCCGAUACAGUCAAAUUCGAGGCUCAGACCUACUGAUAUUUUUCUUUACGCGGCAAAUGAUUCUAAAAUUCCAACUUUUGGAGAAAAGCGUUUGUCGUUGGACAUUGGAUUGAGGAGGGACAUUAAUUGGAAUUUUUGUUUGGCUGCAGUACCUUACCCAAUCAUCAGGCCAGAUCUGUUAGCCAAUAAUAAUAUUCUUGUUGAUUUAGCUCGACGAAAAUUGAUCGAUUCGGUCACUAGUUUAACGAGAGAUUGUGAGAAUGCAGGCGCUACAUUUCAGCGGUAUGUGUCUCGAGCUCUCGAUGGUUUAGACUACGUGUUUGCAUACAUUGACGAUCUUCUUAUUGCUUCCAGCAGCCCUGUGGAGCAUGAACAGCAUCUUAACGAGGUACUUUCCCGUUUGCGGGAUUUUGGUUUGCGAAUAAAUAUCGAAAAAUGCGAAUUUGGUCAAUCUCAGUUGGAAUUUCUUGGCCACAUGAUCGAUCAUCAGGGCAUUCGUCCCACCGAGGAAAAGGUUUAG